AUGUGCUGCAUCAAAAAUGGAAGCCAACCCCUUGACGAGAUUAGUUCUUUUCUCGCCUCGGCUGCGAAUGAGGCCUUAGCCCGUAUACGUAGAGGAUCUGAAGAAUAUAUCGUACCACCUGCUCUUGAUUCACAGACCGUACGUUCAGAGAGCCCUACUUUGCCGCUCAGUCAGAGAGAGGAUUGGACCCAGCAGACCACCAACAACGCCACCAGUGGUUCUACAUCAUUGAGUUUCGAGAUGAUACCCCUUGUUACCGACUUUUCCACCGACAGGAAUGAUCUGCAUUUACCAUGCUAUAUUAUGCCUCCCCAGAGUCGAAAUCGUGCCUUUUUUGGUCGUGAUAUGGUGCUGCAGGCAAUGAGAAAAGCACUCUUGCCCGAAUCAGAAGAUGAGACACGCCAGGAAACUAAUGAUCCACAUCUGAGUAUGUUUGCUUUGUGUGGACCUGGCGGCAUUGGCAAAACACAAGUUGCCACUGAAUUCGUGCAUACUUCCAAAGAUCAUUACAACGCAAUCUUCUGGGUGCAAGCCGAUGAGUUCUUGAAGCUGUCCCAAGGAUAUACCAAUAUUGCUACAAAACUAGGACUGGUGCUGGAAGACUCGGCAGAUGCUCAAGAUCCCGUUGUGGUGCGAGACUUGGUGAAAGGAUGGCUUGCAAAUCCCCUCAAAACAUUCAAGCAGCAGGAGAAUGAACCCAGACUAGCCUCAUGGCUCCUUAUCUUUGACAAUGUAGAUGAUCCAGAUAUCUUGGAUGAUUAUUGGCCUUUUGACUACUCAGGGGCGGGGGCGCUUUUGAUCACAAGUAGGGAUCCACUCACAAAGACUUAUAUCUAUUCCGACAAUUCUGGGGUUAUCCUACCACCUUUUACGACGGAUGAAGCAACUAGAUUUCUUCUCAAACUCACGCGCCGUGAAGGAGAGGAGGCAGAGAAAAUUUCUGGUAGUGCAGUUGCGGAAAGGCUUGGGGGUUUCCCUCUUGCACUAACACAAAUGGCAGGGGUAAUAGAACGUCGAGAGCUCUCGUUUUCAGAGUUUCUUAGCGUCUUUGAAGAAGAGGAUACGCGGUCCAAGUUUUUCAAGCUGCAAGUCGGCAAUACGAAGGUUCGCAGCGGGUACCAGCACACUCUGGAUACCGUCUGGGCUCUUGAAAAAUUGAACAAGAAUGGUGCGAUUCUGCUGGACGUCCUGUCUCUUCUAGAUCCAGACGACAUUUCCGAACACAUCCUACAAAGCACGCUGUCCAAAGUCGCCGCUGAAGGCUAUCCACAGACAGAAGCCGCGUAUCAAGAAGCACGCACACAGCUCUUGCAAUCUUCGCUAAUAGCCAGGGACCGGAGUGCCAACCGAAUUAUGGUGCAUCGGCUUGUCCAAGAUGGAGCAAGAUCAAAAAUGACAGCAGACAGAUUUGAGGUUGUAUUCUCUUUGGCCGUUGAUCUCGUCUCCUCGGUUUGGCCAUUUGAAAACUUCAGUUUUGGACAUGGUAUUUCGAGAUGGGCGAAGUGUGCCCAGCUGUUUCCCCAUAUUAUCCAGUUACACAGAUUCUCAUCACGUCUAAAGCCGGCCCAGAGAGUUUCGGAAGCCAGCUUGCAGUUUCCCAUGCUCCUAGCUGAUGCAGGUCGGUUCAACCAGCAACGUGGAAAUUCUCUCGAAUCUACGCUUUAUUCAGACACUGCUGGAUCAAUAUGCACCUCUCUAGAGGGACUACUCAAAGAGCUUGGUAGUCAGGAUGUUUCUAUGCUCAGAUCCAUCAAGAGUUUGUCGGCGGAAAUCAGCCAUGAUCUCGGAUGUGUUGCCACAGAAACAAAUCAGCCAGAAGCCGCGCUCUUGCAUUUUCAAAACUUCAACACCACGAUGAUGGCCUUCGCCGACGGGCACCCUCAAACUCAGGACAUGCGAUUGGCUGUGUCGUGGAACGAACUCGGCAACGCUUAUAUGAUGAAUGAGGAAUGGACCUUAGCGGAAGGGUGCUUUAUCCGUUCAAUUGAUACGCUGAAACAGCUCGAGGACUAUAAGCCCGUGGAUUGUUCUUUCCCAGUCAUCAAUCUCGGCUUCUCGUACUGGCUUCAAGGGCGUCUGGCAGAAGCAGAACAGACUCUGCAUGAUAUCCUUGCAAUACGCGAGGCUGCAUACGGAAUCAACGACCGGGAGUCAUUCAUGACCGGAAAGCUACUCCACGCUUAUGGAAACGUGAAAGCAUCCCAGGGUCGCUUAGACGAGAGCCUCGAGUUUCACCUGAGAGGUUUGCAGCAAUACAAGUCAACCAUAGGAAUAAACCAUCACCGAACUGGAGACUUAUGUGUCAAAGUCUCUGAUCAUUACGCUCGACUUGGUCAAUGUGACGCAGCAAUGUAUGACACGCCUUUCUCUUCCCUUGAGUAUCCUCCGUCGCCUUGGCAGGAUGUUGAUGAACAAACCAGGUCCUUGCUUGAUCAAGCACUCAAAAUCUAUAGUGGUCGCAAGCACUUCCGCCCCGAAAACGCCCGGGCUCUAUACAAGAAAGGGAAAUUAUUGGAGAAAAUGGGGACGGACGCACAAGAGCACUUGAAACGGGCACUGAAUAUGUACCAGGGCCUCGCAGGAAAUCCGAAUCUUAAGCAAGAAAUUGAUGAAUUGACUGAUGCAGACUUUGAUCGACUCAUUGUAUUUUGGUCAAAAUGA